AUGGCUGGGGGUUAUUUUGACUGCAGGAGCAGCAAGGUAGAGGACGAGACCGAUCCAGAAACACUGAGAUAGACACCGACCCGGGACGUGAGACUCUUGUGUCCUACUGACCCAUAGAGACUUCUGAUUCCAAAGAUAAAGCUACUGAGAGCAGCUGCAAUGGAUUAUAGAGGAUGCUAUGGAGAGAUGUCACUUGGAAGAGAACCAUUGAUACAGUGAUGUUUUACCAGAAAAGGCCGAGAUCGCAGUAUAAUUGAGAGCUUGUUCAGGGGCAAAGCGAGCGCAUGCUAUAGAAGGUACCUGGGCACCAGGAUAGCUGUACAGCAAAGGCACACAGAACGAGGGGAGGGACACAGCCAAAAAGAUACAUAGAGAGCCGCAAGGAGGAACGCGUAUCCAGUCUCAGCUAUAGAGCGGCUUCCUCGGCUGUGUAAAGGGCACAUAGGAGAUUGAUUGAGAUAGAGGACCGCUUUGCUAGAGCGAUCCACAGAGGGGGCUCAUAGUCUGCAGGAGAGGGGAGAGCCCUGCUGCAGCAGCACCCGAAGCCUGAUAAAGAGCCUUUCUUUGUUUAUUCGCUGCAGCAGCUGAUAGCACAGCCCGGACUGCGGCUUUACAGCGAGGGCUGUAUGUGAGAGGCUUGCGGGGCACGGCGCUGACGAUAGAGGGGCCCUGGCUCAUUACUGCCUCUCAGGGAUAUGGGAACAGAGGCCGGGGGUCUCCCCAGGAUGAGGCGGGGGCUGUUGGAGUGGAGCCCGGGCUGUGUUGUGUGUUAAGUGGAUCUUAGGCUGUCUCACCGCCGACCCUAAAACUGCAAUCACACUAAGGAUCCGACGCCUGGGACUCAAUCUCUGCAAUGGGAUGAAGAUGAGGUGGCACAAGAUGUUCCUGCUGCUUUGCAUGGCUGGACUGUGUGUAAUCUCAGUUCUCCACUUCUUGAAGGCCCUGUCCUAUGUCUCACUGUCUCGGGAAUUGGUGUCUUUAAGCCCCAACCUUAUCUCUGGCUUCUUCUGGGAGUCUCGCCCUUUGAUACCACAGCUUGUGCUGAGGGAUGAGGAUGGUACUCAGAUCCUGCGUACUCCUGCCUAUUAUCGUCCACCUCAUCAUAACCAUCACCUGCCAAAUCCACUUCCUUCAGGACAAGGUGAACACCAUAACAUAGAUGACAUACAUUUGACCGAGUUUGUAUUGGAAGAAGACACAACAGAGUAUUUUGUGCGCACCAAAUCUGGUGGUGUAUGUUUUAAACCAGGUACAAAAUCCCUGGACCGCUCACCUUCAGAAAAACCAGAACGCACUUCUCCACGAAGGACAGGCGUUGUACGAGGUCAACAGAUGCAACAAACACAGUGGCGCAGGAAGUGGGUUGAAUGCGUAUGUUUGCCAGGCUGGCACGGGCCCAGCUGUGGGGUGCCAACUGUUGUCCAACAUUCCAACCUACCCACUAAGGACAGGUUGACACCUCGUCAGAAACCACGGCGUGUAAUCAAUGCUAUCAAUAUCAACCAUGAGUUUGAUCUCCUGGAGGCACGAUUCCACGAGCUGGCAGGAGUUGUUGACGUCUUCCUAGUGUGUGAAUCAAAUUUUACUGCAUAUGGGGAAUCAAGGCCACUUUUAUUUCGUCAGAUGCUUCUUAAUGGCACUUUUGAUUACAUCAAAUCUAAGGUGGUCUAUGUUUUCUUAAACCACUUUCCAGAGGGAGGUAAACAAGAUGGGUGGAUUGCAGAUGACUACCUACGAACAUUCCUCACCAGAAAUGGAGUUGGACGUUUACGAAAUCUUCGAGAUGAUGAUCUCUUCAUCAUUGAUGAUGCGGAUGAAAUACCAAGCAGAGAGGGGGUUUUAUUCCUCAAGUUGUAUGAUGGUUGGACGGAGCCCUUUGCUUUCCAUAUGCGCAAGUCACUAUAUGGCUUUUUUUGGAAGCAGCCAGGGACACUGGAGGUGAUAUCCGGCUGCACUAUUGGAAUGCUUCGAACAGUGUAUGGCACUGAUGGCAUUCGUUUGCGCAGGCGGGAGUACUACACUAUGCCCAACUUCCGUCAGUAUGAGAAUAAAACUGGCCACAUCCUGGUGCAGUGGUCAUUGGGAAGCCCAUUACACUUUGCUGGCUGGCACUGCUCUUGGUGUUUUACACCCGAGGGAAUAUACUUUAAAUUAAUCUCAGCACAAAAUGGUGAUUUUCCAAGGUGGGGAGACUAUGAAGACAAAAGGGAUCUAAAUUACAUUCGGUGGCUUAUAAAGACUGGGGGUUGGUUUGAUGGGACCAAGCAAGAGUAUCCACCUGCAGACCCCCACGAGCAUAUGUAUGCACCUAAAUAUAUCCAGGAAAACACUCAACGCUAUAGCUACUUACUUAAAAAUCCUUAUAGCAGCUGAGUUGGUUGGAACUUUGCAACUGCUGGUAACGGUACGAUUAUCUUCACCCACUGGGUUUUUUUUUCUGUCUUUUUUGUUUCAUCAUCACUGCAAAGGAAAUUUGCCACUAACUGGAGAUUAAGGUGACUCGGCAGGUUAUGUAAAGUUGUUGAGCUGCACUGAUUUCCUGCCAGUUUUCUAUGUUAAAGUAGUUACUGGUGGUGUUUUUCAUCGUGCACCAAAGGGGAGGUAUUUCAGCAGUAAUAUUAAAAACCAAACAAUGACUUUCUUAGUACAGUAACUGUCGCUGUAGUAAGCACCAUGGCAUGUUCUUGUGCCUUGGCCAUUAACUUAUUUGCCUCCAAUGCAUUGCAGAAGCUCAUCAAUGGGAUGAUUAAUGAUCAUGCUGCAGGUUAGAGCAAUAUUGAAUAUGAAUAUGCAAAUUUGCUUUAACAUCAGCUGUAGAAUAACAUAUUACUAAACAAAUAUAUGAUUAUUCUAACGUAUACCUGGUUACCCUUGAGUAGAAUGAAUAAGUAAAUUCACAAAAAUACUGUGUCUUUUCAAGCACACACAAACGUAUAGACUAGCAUGAUCAGUUGGGGCAGAGUUGCUCUGCUUCUUUAACCCUUUGAGUGUUAGAGAUCGGAGCAAUAUUCAUUAAAUGAACAAUAGUGCCUAAAAGUAGCUUGGAGUUUGUAAUUAAAGGCCAAAGUUAAUGCAUAGUGAAUACCUAUGUCAUACAGUUACAGCUAUGAAAAUGUCCAGUGUGCCCUAUGGCCAGUUAGAUUCACUCCUAGGUGUCACAAGUGAGAAUUUUUUUUACAGAAUGUUUUCCACAGUGCUCUAUUAUCAGUUUCCACGCAGGACUUCUCUCCUUAGAGCGAAAACUCCACAGAUAGAAUUUACCAUCUGAUUUAAAAAAAGUGUGUUUGUUGCAUAUAAGGCUGUGGCUAUAGCAUGAGAUCUGCAUUCUUCCUAAUAAAUGAUUUAGUCUGCUGA